AAACAGUCAGGAAGUAGAGCAAAACUUUCAAAGUGGUGGGAAGGUGGAAAACAACCAGCUCUCCGAGAAAAGAACCUAGUGCGCCUGGCCGUGCAUCUGACCCCUUAACGGGGCUGGGUGGGGGGAGAGCCUUGGAGAGCGACUGGCGAAGAGCAAUGCCCUGCACGGCCUUCGCGGGGAGACAGCCCGGCCCUUCUCGUGUCGCAGGAGUGAGGCAAGCCGCCGCCUAGCUGCGCGCAGGAGGAGACGCCGAACAGGUGGCCAGAGGCAGCGGCUGGCGCGCCAGGAAGGGAGCGGGCGAGCAGCGAGUGAGCGAGCGAGCGAGGAGCGAGCAUGCCUGCUUAGCGCUGGCGGCAGUGGCAGCGGCGGCGCCCCGCUCCUCCUCCCCCCGCAGCAUGUGAACGGGCGCCCGCCCGGGCCUCCCCCUUCGCGCCGCCACGGGACUCCGCCGACUUGGUAGCUGCAGGCUCCGCCAGCCGCCCGCCCUCGGGCCGGGCUCCCGCUUGGCGCUGCUGGCCGGGCGCGGAAGCGGGGAAGCGCGAAGGGCCAGCCGAGCGGCGCUCGUCUCCCUCCGCGCUGCCGCCGAUCGCGGGCUGCGCGUAGCAGCAGCAGCAGCAGCGGGCUCCGGGAAGCGGCGGGCCGAGGAUCGGGGCCGGGAGCCGCGCUGGGCGGCAGGAUGAAAGUGACCGUGUGCUUCGGCCGGACCCGGGUGGUCGUGCCCUGCGGGGACGGCCAGAUGAAAGUUUUCAGUCUGAUCGAGCAAGCGGUGACCAGGUACAGGAAGGCGAUCGCCAAGGAUCCAAACUACUGGAUACAGGUGCAUCGUCUGGAACAUGGUGAUGGGGGAAUCCUUGACCGUGAUGACAUUCUCUGUGACGUCGCUGACGAUAAAGACAGACUUGUAGCUGUAUUCGAUGAGCAAGACCCACACCAUGGAGGAGAUGGCACCAGUGCCAGCUCCACUGGCACCCAGAGCCCCGAGAUCUUUGGCAGUGAACUGGGCACCACUGCUGUGUCAGCCUUCCAGCCUUACCAAGCAACAAGUGAAAUUGAGGUCACGCCUUCAGUCCUUCGCACAAAUAUGCCUCUUCAUGUACGCCGCAGUAGUGAUCCUGCGUUAGUUGGUCUCUCAACAUCAGUCAGUGAGAACAAUUUUACUGCAGAAGAGCCUUCACGGAAAAACCCCACCAGAUGGUCCACAACAGCAGGCUUCCUCAAGCAAAAUACAACUGGUGGCCCAAGGAGUCAUGAAAGAAAGAAAGAUGAAAAUUACAGAAGCCUCCCACGAGACACCAGUAGCUGGUCUACCCAGUUUCAGAGGGACAAUGCUCGCUCUUCACUAAGUGCCACCCACCCCAUGGUAGAUAAAUGGCUGGAGAGACAAGAACAGGAUGAAGAUGGAACAGAAGAGGAAAAUAGCAGAGUUGAACCAGUCGGGCAUGCAGAUGCUGGCCUGGAGAAUGCUGGCAACUAUUCUUUAGAUGAUAUGGUAAAGCUCGUUGAAGUCUCCAAUGACGGCGGCCCUUUGGGGAUCCAUGUAGUACCUUUCAGUGCCCGAGGCGGAAGAACUUUGGGAUUGUUAGUAAAGCGACUGGAGAAAGGUGGGAAAGCAGAACAAGAAAACCUCUUUCAUGAAAAUGACUGUAUUGUUAGAAUUAAUGAUGGGGACCUUCGCAAUAGAAGAUUUGAGCAAGCACAGCAUAUGUUCCGUCAAGCCAUGCGAACACCCAUUAUUUGGUUCCAUGUGGUUCCGGCAGCGAAGAAAGAGCAAUAUGAACAGUUAUCCCAAAGUGAGAAGAAUGCUCACUACUCCAGUCGGUUUAGCCCCGAUUCCCAAUAUAUGGACAAUAAGAGUGUUAAUCACACUGGACUUCACACAUUACAAAGAAUACCCCGAGUGAGCCAUCAAGCAGAUCAGACGGACUCUUACUCACAACUACCUCAUAGUGUGAAUUCAUCAGGAAAACCACCCCUAGGCCUGGCAUCAUCACCACAAAAUGUCCUCGCCUCCACUUCAAGCACUGGCUAUAAUACCAAAAAGAUAGGGAAGCGGCUCAAUAUACAGCUGAGGAAAGGUACAGAAGGCCUAGGAUUUAGCAUCACUUCUAGAGAUGUUCCAAUUGGCGGCUCAGCUCCAAUUUAUGUGAAAAACAUCCUACCAAGAGGUGCAGCUAUUCAAGAUGGAAGAUUAAAGGCUGGUGACCGACUCAUUGAGGUAAAUGGAGUUGAUUUAACAGGAAAAACCCAAGAAGAAGUUGUUUCCCUGCUGAGAAGCACCAGGAUGGGAGGGAGUGUAAGCCUUAUCAUUUUCCGCCAGGAAGAAGCAUUCCAUCCAAGAGAACUGAGUACUGAACACAGCCAGUCACAAAUUCCAAAGGAAACGAAAGCAGAAGAAGAAGAUCUUGUCCUUACCCCUGAUGGCACCAGGGAAUUCCUCACCUUUGAAGUUCCCCUUAAUGAUUCUGGAUCAGCUGGGCUUGGUGUUAGCGUGAAAGGUAACCGGUCAAAAGAGAACCACGCAGACCUGGGCAUCUUUGUCAAGUCCAUCAUUAAUGGUGGAGCAGCUUCUAAGGAUGGAAGACUCCGAGUGAAUGAUCAGCUAAUAGCAGUAAAUGGAGAAUCGUUAUUGGGCAAAACGAACCAAGAUGCCAUGGAAACCCUGCGAAGGUCCAUGUCCACAGAGGGAAACAAGCGUGGAAUGAUUCAGCUCAUUGUGGCAAGGCGAAUAAGCAAGUGCAAUGAGUUGGAAUCACCUGGGAGUCCACCAGGGCCAGAACUGCCUAUUGAAACAAUACUGGAUGACAGGGAGCGUAGGAUUUCCCAUUCACUGUACAGCGGGAUAGAGGGCCUCAGCGAAUCGCCCACCAGGAAUGCCGCCCUGAGUAGGAUAAUGGGUAAAUACCAGCUAUCUCCGACAGUCAACAUGCCGCAGGAUGACAUGGUCAUUAUAGAAGAUGAUAGAUUACCAGUACUACCUCCACAUCUCUCAGACCAAUCAUCUUCCAGUUCCCAUGAUGAUGUGGGCUUUGCAACAGUAGAUGGUGGAGCCUGGAGCAAACCAACAAUUAAUGAGUCAACAGAAUGCACUCUGAGUCCAGAUGUUGAUCCAGCGCUUGCCUUCCAGCGAGAGGGUUUUGGACGCCAGAGCAUGUCAGAAAAGCGCACUAAGCAAUUUUCAGAUGCCAGCCAGUUGGACUUUGUUAAAACACGGAAAUCCAAAAGCAUGGACUUAGUAGCUGACGAGACUAAGCUCAGUACAAUGGAUGACCAGAAAACAGGUUCUCCAACCAGAGAUGUAGGCCCCUCAUUAGGCCUGAAGAAAUCCAGUUCAUUAGAAAGUUUGCAGACAGCAGUCGCUGAGGUAACUUUGAAUGGUGACAUUCCCUUCCACCGUCCACGGCCGCGGAUAAUCAGAGGGCGAGGGUGCAAUGAGAGCUUCAGAGCUGCAAUUGACAAAUCGUAUGAUAAACCUGUUGCAGAUGAGGAUGAUGAAGGCAUGGAAACCUUGGAGGAAGAUACUGAGGAAAGCUCACGAUCGGGUAGAGAAUCUGUCUCUACAUCGAGUGACCAGCCAUCCCAUUCGCUGGAAAGACACAUGAAUGGCAGUCAAGAUAAAGGAGACCGGAAAAAAAUUGGGAAGGACAAGAAGAAAGAUCGAGAUAAAGAAAAGGAUAAAAUUAAAGCCAAGAAAGGAAUGCUCAAAGGCCUGGGGGACAUGUUCAGGUUUGGCAAACAUCGAAAAGAUGACAAGAUUGAGAAAAUAAAAGUGCAGGAAGCUGUUACUUCAGAAGAGGAGAGAAUACGAAUGAAGCAAGAACAGGAGAGAAUUCAAGCCAAGACUCGAGAGUUUCGUGAGAGACAAGCUCGGGAACGGGAUUAUGCCGAGAUCCAAGAAUUAAACAGGACUUUUGGAUGCGAUGGUGACUCAAUGUAUGCUGGAAUUGCUUCAUAUAAUUCCUCCAUAAAUAGUGGCACAAUGAACAAUAGACCACAGAGCCCUAGGGAAGGGCCCACGGUUGAAGCGUUAUAUGCCCAAGUAAAGAAAGCACGCAAUUCCAAGUCUUCACCUGCAGACAGUAACAGAUCAACUCCCAGCAAUCAUGAUCGGAUACAACGCCUAAGGCAAGAAUUUCAACAGGCAAAGCAAGAUGAAGAUGUGGAAGAUCGGAGGCGGACCUACAGUUUUGAACAACCAUGGCCAAGUUCAAAGUCAUACUCACAGAGUGGCAGGCAUUCUGUAUCGGUCGAGGUUCAGAUGCAGAAGCAGCGUCAAGAAGAAAGGGAGAGUUUCCAGCAAGCUCAGCGGCAAUACAGUUCAUUACCCAGGCAAAGCCGGAAAAAUGCAAGCUCUGUGUCUCAAGAUUCUUGGGAGCAGAACUAUCCUCCGGGCGAAGGUUUCCAAAGUGCAAAAGACAACCCGAGGUAUUCCAGCUAUCAGGGCUCCAGGAACGGCUACAUGGGAGGCCAUGGCUUCAACGCCCGGGUAAUGCUUGAAACUCAAGAGCUGUUGCGUCAAGAGCAGAGGCGGAAAGAGCAGCAGCUGAAAAAAAAGACAUCUUCUGAAGGGUCCAGCAACUAUGACUCCUAUAAGAAAGUUCAGGACCCAAAUUAUGCCACUCCCAAAGGUCCUUUCAGACAUGAUGUACCCCCUUCGCCAUCUCAGGUUGCCAGGCUAAGCAGAUUGCAAGCGCCAGAAAAGGGAAGACCAUUUUAUUCUUGAGUCGAAGAAAAAGGUCAACGUCCCAUGCAAUAAAGGAACAUUUUCAUAUGAAGAGACUUGUAUUGGGGGGCGGGGGGGCUUCUUCUUUUUACAAAAAGGAGGUACUAAGGAAUUCUUGUCUGCUUCAGUGCCUUUAGCAAUAUAGGCAAAGAAUCAGAGGGCCUUAUGUCUUUGCCAUUGUGUCUCAAGUGUUAUAUCAUGGAAGGAUUUUCCAUCAUUUGACAAUCAUACUCUAGGCAAGUGAUGUGUCUUAGUUAUCAAGUGUCCUAGCCCAGUUCUGUGCUAUCACUGUCUGCUUCACUACAUUUUGCUGUCAGGUGUUCAAUGCUUCAGUGAGGUCCGGUUCCAUACAUCAUUAAUUUGUUUUUAAUUAAAAGAUGCAUUGCCAUACCUUUGAUUAAGGGAAAGGGGUACGUAUCACUUGUAAGCAGUAAGGUUGAAUGUUCACUCAUGAUCUUUAGCCCUCAAUGUUUUACAGUUGAUAAAUAUUUAAAUGUCUGUCUGCUGAAAUGCUGUUUUUCUUUGACUUCACACGUUCACUCUUGAGUCCUAUCAGAAAGCUUUAUCCUCAUUCCUAAGCAAAAAAUGUUAUGUUCAUAUAUCCUGGGGACCUUGUUGCAUUUGUCUUAUACUUUAAUCAUAUAUAGGUUAUAUUAUCAGUGAAAACCUUGUAUUUAUAAGUUAACGUUGCCUAAUGAUAGUGGAGGGACAUUGCUGUUUCAUGAAGCAUGUAGAGUGGUGGAGAGAAAAAUAUCUCUCUCUGGUUUGGUUUAACAACUUUGAUGGGGAUUUUUAAUUAUUAUAUUCCAUUACAAAAAAUGAACCCCCCAAAUGAAUUAUAAAUUAAACAUUGCCCAGUUACUCCAUACAUCAUGAUAAUUUAAUUUGUCCUUAAUUUUUUUUGGGGGGGGGAUACAGGACAAAAUAAAUCAAAAAUCUAUUUUUGCAUUUAAAAUAGUUUUUUUAAAACCUGUUUUUUGACGAUUUGUAAAGCCUUGUGGACAAUUUGCGCUGUGCUUCCGUGUUACUAUAUUUUUACACCUCAGUAUCACGGUAAAGAUCAACCAUAAAUUGGAUAAUAAAAGAGAAUUGGGAGGGGACAUUGGUAUGCAUUGUCACGAAAAGGUGUUGGUGUCCAAAAAAUAAUGGAAACAAAAAGAUUGUUCCAGCAGAGUUAUUGUUAAUGUGUAUAUUGGGUAUAUGAAAUUUUCCUUUGCAACAGCUGGUUUUGUGUUUGACGCUCUUAACUUUGAUUGUGAAAGAGACAUGUGUACACACACAUAACUGGAUUGCUAAAGUGCCUGCAAAUCCUGAUGUGAAAGCUCAGCAUAUCAUGCAUAAAUGAACAAAAAGAAGUAUCAGUUAUUGCUUGUGUAUUGUUUGCCUUUUUUUAUAAAAGACAAAACCCAGUCCAUUUUACUUCUGCCUCAACCUUCUUUCAAGAAUAUAUGUGACAAUUCAGCACAUGCUAUAUCUUUAUGCCUGCUUGUUAUUAUUUUUUUGUUAAUAUACUCAAGUGUUAAAAAUUUGCUACUAAUGUAAGCACAAACAUUGAAUGACCAUGACUCUUUUACGCAGAGACUUUACAACACUGUGUAAAAUGGCACUCUCUGUAAAUACAGAAAUUUAGAAUAAAAAGACUGUUUUCAUCUUG